GGUUUGAUCCGGACUGUCAACCGUGGCGUGUGAUGUACUGAUGUUAUUAUACCAAAGUGGCCUCACCGCCGGCAAGCCUGCCGGCAUCCUUUCAAACGGAAAGCAACACCGCAUCAUCGUCUCCACUGUUGCUUUGCAGCCAAGCCUCGUCGUCUCGGGCCCCGCGUGCUUAUCCCCUCGCCACAAAGCAAGGAAUCCAAAGCAAAGGCAUCAACGGCGCCAAGUUAGCAGCAGGAUAGGGACGAUCGAUCCCAAAACCACAACCCAAGAACGGGAAGCGUGCAUGCGCACGCACACGCACAAACCUGCCUGAGCUCGAGCUCCCUCGCUCUCUCCCUCCCCGCGCGCACGCAAUGGCCACCGGCAGCGUAGCCCCAAGCCCCACGCAAGCCAGCAGCAAUGUCUCACGGCCGACGAUCCCCACAGGCCUCGUGCCCGUGGCCGUGCUUCUCGCCGCCGCCGCCGUCCUCCUCGCGCUGCUGCCGUCGCUGGCCCAGGCGGUGUGGGAGGUGCCGCACCUCUUCCUCCUAGGCGCCGUCAUCUCCUUCGGCGUCUUCACGCAGAGGAACAACGACGCCGAUGGCAACGGCAAUGCCGCCGGCGCCAAGCGCAGCUCGCUGGCGUGGAACGCGCGGUACCACCCCGCCGACGACCCCCUCGUCGUGAUCGCUGAUCAUCACGCGGUGCCGAGCGACGAGGACGACGACGGCGGUCUGGAAGGCGCACGACGGGAGAGGCCGCUUUCCUUGCCGGUGCGGAGGCUGAAGCCUGCGUCUGCGUCUGCGUCUGCGUCUGCGGCGCAGGAGUCCGAAACCGGCGGCGACGCCAGCUGUGGUGGUUUCGGCGAAGAGACGGAUAGCUGCGCGUCGUCGUCAGGGUUUUGGGCCGGCGCGCGCGCCGUCCCUUCGCCGCCCUCUGUUCUCGACGCCGACCUGGACUUCUCUCCGUGCUCACAGCCGCCACAGUCUGAACGGCCGUUCUUUGUCCAACACAGCGCCAACAGGUCCCGUGGGUCCAAUGCCGCGACGCCGACGCCGACGCCGACGCCGGCGUCCACCGUCCCGAGGGGCUUCGUGCAGGGGUACCAGUACCAUCCUUCGGCGCCCGGCGACCAGCCGUUGAGUGACGACGGCGAGGUCACCGACUGGGACGAUGAGGACGCCGCCGACGGUUCCGAUAUUGAGAUGACACCCGUGUCGUCAGAAAGGUCGGUCCGUGGCGACGACUUCGCCGCUUGUGACGACGAUCAUAACGACGGCGACGGCGACGGCGACGACACGUCCGUGGAUGAAGAGCUUCUGAAGCUGGCGGCGAAGGCGGAGCCGGACGGGGAGGAGGAAGUGGACAGGAAGGCCGACGAGUUCAUCGCCAAGUUCAGAGAGCAGAUCAGGCUGCAGAGGCACUAGCCGGCCAUGCAUGGCGUGCAUACAUGCAUGGAUCCAUGCAUGCUCUGCUGAGUGCUGAGCGUGCACCGACACGGCGACACACAUAUAAAUACCACUGAUGAUCCACCACGAAUGGAGAACGCAGCAGUUGUUUGUUCAUCCAUGGCACCAUGUUUCCUGUAUCAUUUUAUUGUUUUUUUUGUUGCUCCACUGCCCAACAAGGAGCCGGAAACAUGGUGUGUAUAUGAAUGCAGAAUGCAUAUUGAGCACUGCUUUUUUCAGUGCAUUUCUAUA